AAUAAAGGGGGGAAAUGCAUAUCACGACUUCUUCUUUUCCCACUCGGACAGGUUGUUGUCGUUUAUUCAAAGAACCACCAAAAUAUUAAUAUUAACAUGAUAGCAACUAACUAUAAGCUAUCACCAGCUAACAUGCACCACCACCUCCACGCUAUUGUUCAACAUCACCAUCCCCAAAGAAUCACUUUCGUUUAAUUCCGUAAUCUUCUUCUCUUCUCUUCCACCUCAAUGGCGGAUCCUCCAAGAUCCGACCUGUUUCCUUCUUCUCGGCUCGAUUCCGACGCCGGAGCUCUCUUCGUCCUCCAAUCAAAAGGCGAGUGGUGGCACGCCGGGUUUCAUCUCACGACGGCUAUCGUGGGACCCACGAUACUGACGUUACCGUACGCAUUCAGGGGACUGGGGUGGUGGUUGGGGUUUGUGUGCUUGACGACGAUGGGACUCGUCACUUUCUACGCUUACUACCUCAUGUCUAAGGUUCUCGAUCACUGUGAAAAAGCUGGCCGCCGUCACAUCCGAUUCCGGGAACUUGCCGCCGACGUUCUCGGAUCAGGAUGGAUGUUUUAUGUAGUGAUAUUCAUUCAAACAGCUAUCAACACUGGAAUCGGCAUAGGCGCCAUUUUACUCGCAGGCCAAUGUCUUGAUAUAAUGUACUCGAGUCUUUUCCCACAAGGAACCUUGAAGCUCUACGAGUUCAUUGCUAUGGUCACAGCCGUGAUGAUUGUUCUGUCACAGCUCCCAAGUUUUCAUUCUCUUAGACACAUUAACUGUGCGUCUCUUCUUCUCAGCUUAGGCUACACUUUCCUCGUCGUUGGGGCUUGUAUCAACCUAGGCUUGUCUAAACACGCUCCUAAACGUGAGUAUUCACUAGAGCCUUCGGACUCAGGGAGAGUUUUUAGUGCCUUCACAUCCAUUUCGAUCAUUGCUGCUAUUUUUGGAAAUGGAAUUCUACCAGAAAUACAGGCAACUCUUGCUCCACCAGCUACAGGGAAGAUGCUGAAAGGAUUAAUUUUGUGUUAUACUGUGAUCUUCUUCACGUUUUACUCGGCUGCAAUUUCUGGUUAUUGGGUAUUUGGUAGUAACUCGAGCUCUAACAUUCUCAAGAACCUAAUGCCUGACGAAGGACCGACUUUGGCUCCUAUCGUCGUCAUUGGCCUAGCGGUCAUCUUUGUUCUUCUUCAGCUCUUCGCCAUCGGCCUCGUGUAUUCACAAGUUGCGUAUGAGAUAAUGGAGAAGAACUCGGCGGAUACAACAAAAGGGAUGUUCUCAAGCCGCAACCUGGUGCCGCGUUUGAUACUGAGAACGCUAUAUAUGGCGUUUUGUGGGUUCAUGGCAGCGAUGCUACCCUUCUUUGGGGAUAUAAACGCGGUGGUAGGAGCGUUUGGGUUUAUCCCACUCGAUUUCGUGCUGCCCAUGCUUCUAUACAACAUGACAUAUAAGCCUACGAAACGGAGCUUCACGUACUGGAUAAACAUGACGAUAAUGGUUGUGUUCACUUGUGCGGGCCUCAUGGGAGCUUUCUCCUCUGUUAGGAAACUUGUUCUUGAUGCUAAUAAGUUCAAGUUGUUUAGUAGUGAAGUUGUUGAUUAGAUCGAUGCUUAUCAUAUAGUAUAUGGAUGAAUACAUAGACGCAUUUUUUUGUGUACAUGUUUUUUUGGGUGAAGGUUUCUAAUAUAAUGGUGAUUUUUAGUUGAAAA